UUCCUGUUGGUUCAGGAAAUGUUCUUCCCUAGUCUCCAAAUCUCACCUCUCUCCAAGUGAGUCAUAUACAUUAGCAAGCAAGCUAGUUGCUCCAGUUGUUCGUGGGCAGGUCGGUUUGAAAGGUGCCCCAAAGGACAAUCUCAACAAGGCGGCAGAGCACCCACCUACCUUCUCUGGCAGAACAGAAAAUGCUGAUUUCCAACGCUUUACCAGAAAACCUACUUCCCUGCCAACCUUAGUUUUUGAGACUUACUCCUACUUAAGAGAUGAGGAGCCUGCUUCAACUUGAAGACAGUCCAACAAGUGAACAGACAGCCGGCCACCACAAUGAAAGGUAUCCUGGUCAGGCCCUCAAAGGCGAAGGCUGCAGGAACACACAGGCAGCCUAGAGAACUACAAAAUGAAAUACACAGCUGGAGGAAUGGGCCACCAAGCAACAACACAGAAAUCAAACUGGGAAUAACUUUUGCUGAACUCGUGCCUCAACUGUCCCCAACUCUUUCUGGACAUGCAUCUCUGCUCACAGUGCAUCACAACUAGAGAAUGGGGCUCAACCUGACGCUUGCAAAAUUACCAAGCAAUGAGCCGGACAGCCAAGCCAGCCACUCUGCAAACAGCACGAGCGUGGGACAUGGGAAGAAUGCCACCCUUCACAAUGAGUUUGACACCAUCAUCCUGCCCGUGCUCUACCUGGUUAUAUUUGUGGCAAGCAUCCUGCUGAACGGUCUGGCUGUGUGGAUCUUCUUCCACAUUAGGAAUAAAACCAGCUUCAUAUUUUAUCUCAAAAACAUAGUGGUGGCUGACCUCAUAAUGACACUGACAUUCCCAUUCCGCAUAGUCCGUGAUGCAGGGUUUGGACCUUGGUACUUCGAGUUUAUCCUCUGCAGAUACACCUCAGUUUUGUUCUAUGCAAACAUGUAUACGUCCAUCGUGUUCCUUGGACUGAUCAGUGUCGAUCGCUAUCUGAAGGUGGUAAAGCCUUUCGGUGACUCUCGCAUGUACAGCAUAACCUUUACCAAAGUUUUAUCAAUUUGCGUUUGGGUGAUCAUGGCUGUUCUGUCCUUGCCCAACAUCAUCCUAACGAAUGGUCAACCAACUAAGGAAAAUAUUCAUGACUGCAUGAAACUCAAAAGUCCUUUGGGAGCCAAGUGGCAUAUGGCUGUCACCUAUGUUGACAGCUGUUUGUUUGUGGCAGUGCUGGUGAUUCUGAUUGGAUGCUACAUAGCCAUAUCCAGGUACAUCCACAAAUCCAGCAGGCAAUUCAUAAGUCAGUCGAGCCGAAAGCGAAAGCAUAACCAGAGCAUCCGAGUGGUCGUGGCUGUGUUUUUUACCUGUUUCCUCCCAUAUCACUUGUGCAGAAUCCCCUUUACCUUUAGUCACUUGGACAGGCUGUUAGAUGAAUCAGCACACAAGAUUCUCUAUUACUGCAAAGAAAUGACACUUUUCUUGUCUGCAUGCAAUGUGUGCCUGGACCCAAUAAUUUACUUUUUCAUGUGUAGGUCAUUUUCUAGGAGGUUAUUCAAGAAAUCAAACAUAAGAACCAGGAGUGAGAGCAUCCGAUCACUGCAGAGUGUACGGAGAUCAGAAGUGCGCAUUUAUUAUGACUACACUGAUGUAUAGGGACCAGAGGCCAGGUGGCCUUCUCUUAUUGGAAUCAAUAUGUAAAAAGUGUGAAUAAAUGUUUCUUUUUAUUAUCCUG